AAAAUAGAAAAAUAUUCCUCGGUGCCAGUGGCAGCGGCAACGGCGAUGGCGAUGGCGAUGCGUCGCUUUGCAUAGCGCAUUAUGUUGCGUCGAGUGUGUGGAGUGGCGACGAGCAGGAGGACGAGGAGGACGAGGAGCAGCAGCAGCAGCAGCAGCAGGCGGAGCACGAGCCGAGUGAAUUCGAUUGACGCAGUCGAUCUGCUCUCGCUUUCGCUUUUGCCUGAUGAGGGAACGGAACGGAGCGAGGGCUGGUGGAUGAUGAGUCGCCUGCUGCACAACAGUAUGCGAUCGUCGUGUCCUGCGCCGACAGCGUGUGGAGGGAGCGGGCGGGCGUAGGUUUCAAGUUAUGUAAUUUCUGUGGCCGGCGGUAAGAGAUUGAGCGGGAUAGCGUCCGAAUCGCCUGUCGAUCUGGAGCGGAGUGGUGCUUCUGGCUCGAUAGAGAUCUGUCACUCUCUCUAUUAUCCCUCUCUGCAGCCCCGGGCCUGGAUCUUGCUUGCUGUCGUCGUCUGGACCUCCGCCUUCUCGUCGCUUCUUUCCGCACUGGUCUCUGCGUCCAACACCCGAGGACUUUCUCGAAUGCCUUGCGAUUUGCUUCUAGCUCUCGCUCGCCACUCUCGCUCGCCACUCGCCACUCGCCAUUCUUCUCGCCUCUUGGCCUCCCCUUCCGUGCGCUUCUUUUUCCGACGGGCCAUCGGACUUUGGAGCCGAGACAAGCAGUUUUAGAUCAUUCGAGUAACAUUCUUUUCCUCCUUUUGACGAGUUGUCGUGGACCGUUCUGAUCGUCAGGCCCUAGUUACAGGUUGCCGAUCUAGGGGACGACUCGGGCCUAUUGCCUUCCUCCGAUUGGCUUCUUUCCGCUUCUGUAGUAUCUAGAGCUCGGAACUGUGGCGCGAGUGGCCUCCUGGCUCGAUUUGUUCACGAAGUGCGCCACCCUGUCGCCUUAUCUGUCGCUCAAAUGCGGUGCUAGUGCUCCCAUCUAUUAGCUUCACAUCAAUCGUCUGGCUUCGGCAUGAGAAGUAGCUCUCCCAAAUUUCACCGCCUGGUUCAGCAUCGAGAGUUAGAAGAGGGGGAUGAGAAUGGAAGACCACCACAGCUUAUCUCUCUUGCUCGCGUGGACUUAGAUGAUGGUGGUACCCCGUCUGCGUCUUUUCCUCCCCAGUCGGAGCCUGUCGGGCUGCACUCGACUUCCAAGCAGAUCGAAUGUGACAGUGGUAGAGAACUGCUGGACCCCAAAGAGGCAAUUUCUUGUUCCGAAACUCAAGUCGCUGCAUCUGACGGAGAAAGCAGAGGCAGGAAAUACCCAGGGGUUGUGGUGUCAUGGAUGGGCCAACGUGUGUCAUGGAUAGUGAUGCUCAACAGGGAGCUGAAUGUGAGCUUCGUUUUCGGGAUUAUGGUGAUUUAUGGGUUUGGACAAGGAGUCGGAGGCGCCUUAAACAAAGUGGUGGUCGAUUAUUACUGGAAAGACGUGCAACUUGCGCAGCCAUCCAGCGUCCAGCUCUAUCGAGGAAUGACAACCAUUCCCUGGGAAGUGAAGCCUCUUUGGGGUUUGAUGACUGACAUACUUCCCAUUGGAGGCUACUACCGGAGGCCGUACUUUGUUAUCACAGGUCUGCUCAGUGCUGUGGCGACAUUGGUACUAGUAAUGGGCGGCCAGCUUUGGGUACCUUUCGCCGUAGGCAUGCUUAUGGUCCUUGCAGCUUGCGCAGCAAUGUCGGAUGCCACAAUAGAUGCGGAAGUCGCAACAAAGAGUCGUGAGAAACCAAGCUUAGCAGCGGAUGUCCAAAGUCUGUGUGCAAUUUCCCUAUCUGUGGGAUCGUUGCUGGGAUAUUCUGUCAGUGGACUAGCUGUGGACAAGCUUGGGUCUCAGGGAGCACUGGGCUUAAUGUUGAUUCCAGCCGUCCUCUUACUCGUCCUCGGUUUUGUCUUACAUGAAGAACGAGUCGUUCAGAAAUGGCAUAAUACACAGCUGAGUAAGCAACUAUGGAUUGUAACGGAGGAGUUGUGGAUUACAUUGAAGCAUCCGAAAGUGUGGCGGCCAACACUCUAUAUGUACCUAGCUCUUGCAGUGUCUCCUGAUAUUUCCGAAGGAAAAUUUUUCUGGUAUACAGACGUUCAAAGUGGUCCUGGAUUUGCCAAGGAGUUUGUUGGUGCCAUUUAUGCGACGGGAUCUGUCGGUACCCUUCUGGCUGUAUACAUCUAUCACAAGAGGUUAAAAAAAGUGUCCUUUCGUAAGCUCUUGUUUUGGAUACAAUUUUUGGUGGCCGUGUUUGGUAUGCUGGACUUCAUUCUUGUUACACGGUUGAAUCGUCAGUUGGGCAUCCCUGAUCAUUAUUUCGUCAUCGGUGAUGAGGGGUUGACUCAAGCCAUAAAUCGUCUGAAGUGGAUGCCACUGUUGAUCCUAGCAGCCAAAUUGUGCCCCCCGGGUAUCGAGGGCACCUUUUUUUCUUUAUUGAUGUCUGUUGACAAUGUGGGUAUGAUGACAUCAACAUGGACAGGAGCUCUCCUUUUAAAACUAACGAAUGUAACCCGCACUGACUUUCAGUAUCUCUGGUUAGCUGUCGUGAUUAGAAAUGUACUCAGACUAGUUCCUAUAUGCCUCGUAUUCUUACUCCCUGAUACAGACCCAGAUGAGGAUAUACUUGAACCUCGACAGAGGGAGGAAGCAAUCCAACUGGUCGAGACCCAGGUCCAAAAAGAAAAUGGGUUAGCCUCCAGUGUAUAGCCAACGAUCGUUCCCAUGAUUUCUAACUUAUAUCAGGAUCUACACUUUUCUAUAGCGAGACAAAAUCCAUUUGAUUUUUUGCACAUAGGAAUGAACGAAUGUAAUUAGACAGGACACUGAGUGUCAACUAGUGUUAUCUGGAAGGACUAUUAGCGCUCGCACAAGGUCGGUUUCCUUCUUGGGUCAAAGAGCAAUGUUAUGCUGGAAGUUGGGGUUCAUUAUAUGCUCAUCCUGAAUGAUAGACUAGAUGAACUAGCUGGACCCCGGGUCGGGCAUGGGUCGGGAGGACACGUGGAUGAAUUCUGACGCUCGCCGAGAAAACUCCGAUGUAAUCCAAGUGAAACGUUGGUGCAGAUCACCUUUUAACUUGAAAGGUAGGAGCAUUGAAUGAGAAGGGAAUAAAGAUAAAACCUGUUCCCUACGUUUAGAGGGCUUUC